AUGACGAAACAAGACCAUCCACUAAAACUACCAGUUAGAUUGACGGACGCAGUAUGCAUUCCUCCAAGAGAAGAGAUCAAUGUUAGUGUAAAUGCAUGUGUUUCAACUGCCAAAGGUGUCUUCAGAUCAUUAUACAAUUUGAAAGAACAAAUUCCCAUAUUUAUGCCAAAUUCAUUAUUAGAAAUCAAACAGCACCGUGCAGUUCUUUCAAUUCAUAAUCCAACAAAUUACCCAUGUAUUUUGCACAAGGGCAUUAUAGUAGGAGUAUCCACACUGCCUUUGCAAGAGCAAAUGGAGAUUAAACAACCAACAAAGAAAUUAACGGCGCAAGAGCACACUGCAGAAAUGAUAAAUAAAAUUGAAGACCGCCACACGCUUCGCGGCGUGGACGGAGUAUCAUAUAGAGAAGAAUUUCGAAAAAUUCUUGUGUUGUUCAAACAUCUUUUUGAUACUUCAAAGACCACAGUUGCGAGAACCGAAGUUUCACAUGUAAUAAACACUAUCACACAUUCACCACCCUGUGUUAAACCCUAUCCGAUGAGUCAACAAAAGCAAGACGCAUUAUAUGAAACCUUAGAAGAAUUAAUACACGCUGGAUUGAUUUCACCGGCCAAAUCACCAUAUGCCACCUCUGCAUUGUUAACCGCAAAGUCAGAUGGAUCAUGGCGAUUAAUUGUGGGUUAUAAAAGAUUAAACAACGUCACGCUAAAAGAUCAAUACCCUCUACCCAAUAUGGAACAAACAGUGCAAAGAAAUCCAGCUCCUGGAGCAGAUGAAUUGAUGGAUGCAGAUUACGACAUGGAACGUGACCGCCACACGCUUCGCGGUAAGGACGGAGUUACCCGCUAUAUGCUUAGCGGUGUGGUCGGUGCAAUAACAAGAUCUGCAACGAGGAAAGAAGCAGUAAUAACAACAAACAAUCCACCAGACAAGAACGAUAAUCAAUCUUCACCUCCAAAUCUUGAACCAUUGAAAGAAAGAGUAAUGCCAAACCACCUGGACAUAACCAAACUAAUCGAAGAGCAACAACAAGAUCCAGUAAUCCAGAAAAAGAUUAAAGAAAUUUUGAAAAAUCUCAGUAAACAUCCAUACGAAUUAAAAGACGGUAUUUUUUAUAAAUUAUUGUCUAGAGAUUCUGGCAAAACAAAAUCGAAACUCAUUUAUCUUCCACAAACAAUGAUUGAACCAGCUCUUCGAUCAGCAAUUUCUACACCCGAAACAGAACCGAUAACACGACCACCAGGCUGUAAACAUACUCAACAACGCACAGUCAUCACCCGUAACAUUAAUCAAAACACAUUAAGUCCAUUUAUGUUAGCUCAACCAACACCAAUGGAAUUGAAUGAGGAGAUGCCGGUUGGGGACGAAGUCUUUUUCCGCCCCACGGACCCUUCAUCAGAUCAACGGCCAGUCAUGAAUCAACCUCGUGAUGCUAACAAGCAUUCUAAAACUCCUCUAUCUUCUAUAAUUCUCGGUGCUUCAAUAAUGAUCAACAAACGUCCAUCAUAUGUCAUUCUCUCCCACACCUUCCCAAACACAUUCCGCAACAACAUUACGAUAUUUAUACCAUCGCAAAAUCCGGAUUAUAAUGGAUUGAUCGAUAUGAUGCACAAACGUCAGCUCAAUACAAAGUUGCAACCGAACACGCCAAAUUGA